AUGAAGCAGCCCCGAUUCCCUCGUUCACGGCGCCACCCUCAGCAGGCUCUCCGGUCGGGCAAGAGCACGACGAUUCCCGCCCCGUAUCCCUGGGCCCCCACCCGCCGUGCGGCCGUGCACAGCCUCCACCACCUUCUCUCGAAUGGCAUGCACAAGAUCAGCGGCCGAGUCGAGUGCAAGAGGUGCGAGAAAGAGUACGAAAUCGAGUACGAUUUGCAGGAGAAGUUCUUAGAGAUCGCGUCCUUCAUCUCAGAGAACAAGGACGCGAUGCACGACCGGGCUCCGGCAUCUUGGAUGAACCCGAUCGUCCCGAACUGCAAAUUCUGCGACCGGGGUAGCUUCGUGAGGCCGGUGAUCAUGAAGAAGAAGAGGUCCAUCAACUGGCUGUUCUUGCUGCUGGGGCAAAUGCUGGGCUGUUGCCGGAUUUCUCAACUCAAGUACUUCUGCAAGCACACCGGGAAUCAUCGGACGGGGGCGAAAGAUAGGGUUCUUUAUCUUACUUAUCUGGGUUUGCGCAAGCAGCUUGAUCCUGAAGGCCCUUUUGAUCUCUGA